AACUGAGCCAGCUAUCAGAUACAGCAAUCACUCUUUUUAAUCCUCAACAAGCGAGGCAAAGUAGAGAGUUGAAGUGUACAACAACGACACAAGGAGAGAAUGUCCUUUAUCGUUCACGCUGCUUUGUUCCUGGGUUUCGUGGCUUUGAGCCAGGCCUGCAGUUGUAUGUCGCAACAUCCCCAGGAAGCCUUCUGUAAUGCGGGAUUUGUGAUACGUGCGAAGGUUUUGUCUCAAGAAGUGGAAGGGUACGACAGAGUAAUUGGUAUGCGAAUCCUGAAGACUUACAAGGGAGCGACAGCACUAAACAAAACCGAGGGAGUUAGGUUUUAUGGGUCCAACCAGGGAAGUCUUUUUGCCAAGGUCUAUACUUCCAAAGAUGGUGCCAGCUGUGGCCUUGACUGGAUUAAGAACGACACAAGGUACGUCAUCUUCGGAAGGUUUCGCAAGGGUAAACUUUGGGUGAGCUUAUGCAAUUUUGUACAAGAUUGGUCCCAAGUCCUCAAGCGCCAGGCUGUACGUGUUGGUAUCAGGCGCUUCUAUGGGCAAAACUGUGAUUGUCAGCUUGCACCGUGUCACGGCAGAGACUGCGGAAAGCUCAAAGGAUGUGCUUCAACCCAUCUAUCUCCUCGCAAGAACCCUUGUGAGUGGGACCACUCCUAUUGUGUGAAAAACUCCAAAGGGACCGCGUGCUCUUGGUACGAAACACCAAAGUACAAGGAGUGCAUGGCUAACCACCAGCCCUAGUUAGACUACUCAAAAUUUCUGUGCUAAAAACGAUAACGACCACGAGACUAAUAACUCAUUUUUGAACAGAGAGCAUGUGUAACGAAACAUAGAACAUAAAAAUUUGCCCUAACCUUUAUCUCCCAAGAUCUGAUUGUUACUUCUCCCUUCCAGCUGCUUGGAAAUUAGUUAUGAGAUUUUGGUUCUAGAUCAUCUUCACAACUUCAACCUAAUAAGUCUUAGUGUUCUCAUCACUUGUUUGCUGGAUAAUGUAUGGUAAUUAUCAGGAGAAAUAUCUUGUUUAUCACUUCUGGGAGUUAAAGGGUUGAUGAUUUCGAGUCUUCCGCGAAGAUUACUACCUCUGUAAUUAGAUCAUUUGAUCCGCAGGCUGUAUUUCUAAUAUAGAACAGUAUUUUUCUCUUUUGGUUGUUCCUAAAAACUAGGUGUUGAUAAUUUUUUUUGUGUUUUCUAACAAUAUAUAUAUGUAUAAUUUUAAAGAGAAAUUUGAGCGCUGAUCACCCAUAAAAAUGAGAGAAAAUAUCUUUUCAAAGUCAUAGACUUAAAAACACAAUGAAUACUUGUUUACAAUCAAUUUCGACGACAAUAGGGAAAGAUAAAAUGACAAUCAUGUUUCCCUUCCAGUUUUCAUGACAAAAAAGCGAAUUUUCUCAGAAGGACAUCCAACUAGAACUAACGAACGUAGUAUUUGUUAACUAUGAGAUAAUUUCAGUUUAUUUUUAACAUGUUUCAUCAAUACUUGAUGACAGCUGCCAUUUUAUAUUAACGAACGUAGUAUUUGUUAACUAUGAGACCAAUUUAGGUUUAUUUUUAACAUGUUUCAUCAAUACUUGAUGACAGUUGCCAUUUUAUGUGCAAUGUAGAAGUUAGUUCGACGCGUGAAUGAUACGUCGCAAAUUCAUGUUCAAAGGUUUUUCUGAUUUUAAAUAAUUGAAUUAGUCCUAAGUCUUUCAAAAUAUUGUAGCGUUGAGUCUAAGUUACAUUUUGAAUAAGUAAGAAUAAAAUUAGUUCAAGACAA